UUUGACAGCCAAACUUCCACUGUAAUAUCUUACAUUAAAAUGGAACCUGAAGCGUGUCCUCCUCCGGAGAAGAGACGGAGGAGACGCUGCAUUAUUUUAGGUGUCGUCGCUGGGCUGCUUCUCAUUAUUGUUGUCGCAGUUGUGUUGGGAGUGUCGCUCUGGCCGAAGACGGACACACUGAAGGAAACUUUCAUUGCAAGGUGUAAGGAGUUCAAGGGAUCCGACUGUGAAAAGAUAUGGGGUGCAUUUGAACAAGCCUAUGUGGGGCGGGACCCUUGUGAAGUUCCCACGGAAGCCUAUGACCCUUUCAUUGCUGCAGCCGACUUCAAACCUGCAUGCAACAGACUGAUGUUCUGGAGCAAAACGAAGGAUGUGGUCCAUGACUUCACUGAGAAGAAGAGAGAUUGUUUUCUCACAGUGGAGGACACUGUGUUGGGAUCUGUGCUGAAUGGCCUUACCUGGUGUGGAAAGGAGGGUAGCACAAAAACAUUCACUGACAGCUGCCCAGGAUGGAGAGACUGUGAGAACAACACUGUUCGCUCAUUCUGGAACAGAGUCUCAGCUGCUUUUGCAGAUGCUGCCUGUGGUGAUGUCACAGCAAUGCUAAACGGAGACAUCGCCACACCAUUCAAUCCUAAAAGUACUUUUGCGAGCAUCGAGGUGAAGAGGUUCGACUCCUCGAGGGUGAAAAGCCUAAAUGUUGUUCUGGUCACGGAGAAGAGCGCUGUGACAAACUGCACAAAUGCAUCUUUAAAGGAUUUACAGAAAGAGCUGAAACCAGGAAUUCAAUAUUACUGCAAGGAAGUGACUGAAGCUCAGAUCAAGGAGUGUAGCUCCAAUCCUGAGAUAACCUGUGGAGCCUGUUGGUGAAGACGUGUGAACUAAUCUAUUGCAGUAUAUUCUUUUUU